CUGCCAUCUAGUUUUGUAACGAUCUGCUCUUCCAUGGAGAGGGAGAGAGAGUGGAGAAAGACGAGGAGCGGGGAGACGAUUCUUAAACGUAACAAUACAAACGUGGCUUCACUGGUUUUGGUUAUAAAAUAGGAUAUUUUAGAUUUCAGAAUACGUGGGAGAGAGAUUCGACCCUGAAUCUGAUAGCGUUCUGUAUGAUAACACGCAGUCUCGAACCGUCGACAUCCAAGGUUUUUCCAAGAAACUACUUGCUUCCAGGGCUUGUUCUGUUCCCUUGGAGAUUACUGUAAAGUCUGGCGCUGCUGUGACACAUCUGAGGGACCUGAUUACACAGUGGUCCUUUUGGUUGCCAGUCCAAAGGCAUGGCUAUGAACCACAAAGAAUCAUUAACCAUCUAAGGCUGCAGCCAGGUAGCCUACCUACUGUGUGACUGGACUGAUGGGGCCUUGGGAAGGUUAUAAUGAGGUUUUAACCCUCACCCUUCUCUCUGGAAUGGUGGCUCACUAGGGGUCAAAGAGCCACCAGCUGAACAGUGGGGAUGGCCACGGCCCUCUACAGGCUGCGUUGCUUCCUGCGGCGAGCUCAGAUGCUCCUCCUCUUCCUGGGGAUCGCCUACCUGAUGGCGGGGAGCAUCCUGCUGCUGCAGCGCUCCAGCCUGACCCUAAAGACUGCUCAGCCACCAGGCGACGCCAGUCUCCCUUCUCUCAUGGCACUGCCAGCACCUCCCACAGCCGUGAGGGCCUCCCCCGGCCUGGGCCUGAGGGCGCGCUCCAGAUGGGCAGCCACCCAGGGUGUGUUGGGUGGUGGAGGGGGCAUAAAGACGGGGAGACACUGGCCCACGUCCCGACACCUGGGGGUCCAACACCUGCACCACCGCUGGUUCCACGGUCUCAUGCCAGACACGCAGGAGCAGAGAGGUCCUCUACAACGCAAUAAAAGGCACAAAGGGACCUACAUGGGCUGCUUCAUGCAUGAUGCCAAUGAACGAGCCCUGGGGGGAACCAUGCUGUAUGAUCUGCGCAAAAUGACCAGCUCUUUGUGUCAAGACACCUGCUCAGAAAGUGGUUACCGCUUCGCAGGUCUGGAGUACGGAGCAGAGUGUCACUGUGGUAACCGCAUCAGCAGCCCGCAGGCCCAGGAGGAGGACUGUAGCCUGGGCUGCAGAGGGGAGAGGGGGGAGAGGGGAGCACCCUGUGGGGGCGUGGGGCGCCUCUCCAUCUACAAGGUGGAGGAACAGCUCCCAGGACAGAGGAAAUUCAGAAACGUCCGCUACAGUGGCUGCUUCAAGUUGCCCAAAAACAUCACCAUCGUCUUCCCUGUCUACUCCCUCCAGUCAAACUCCACGUCACAGUCCUGCAUCGAGACCUGCACAGAUAAGGAGCUCCCACUGGCUGUGUUGAGGAACCCACACUGUUACUGUGCCUGGGCCUCAUCUCUGUUUAGACUGAACCAACGUCUGCCACCAGACCAGCCAUGUCUGGAGACCAACGGCACAGCACACACUGUUGCCUCCACAUCCUGGGCGGACCCAUACUACUACCAGGUCUACCAGACACCUGUGCUUGACUCCAGGUGCAAAGAGAGGAUGUUUCUACCUGAGAGGUCCACCUCCCUGGUGGCUCUCUCCAGCUUCCCCGGAGCUGGCAACACCUGGGUACGCCACCUGAUCGAGCUCGUGACGGGCUACUACACUGGCAGCUUCUACUUUGAUGGCACACUUUACAACAGAGGUUUCAAAGGGGAGAAGGACUACUGGAAGAGUGGGCGUAGCAUCUGUGUGAAGACCCAUGAGAGUGGGCAGAGAGAGAUCGAGAUGUUUGACUCUGCCAUCCUGCUGAUCCGGAACCCCUACCGUUCCCUCAUGGCAGAGUUCAACAGGAAGUGUGCCGGACACCUUGGCUAUGCCACAGACAAACAGUGGAGGAGCAAAGAGUGGCCAGAGUUUGUUGACAGCUAUGCCCCCUGGUGGGCGUCCCACGCUCUGAGCUGGCUACAGUUUGGCCGUCGCCUGUUGGUGGUGCACUACGAGGACCUGCAGAGGGCGCUCUUUCCCCAGCUCCGCCUCCUCACCUCCUUCCUCAACGCCACCAUAACGGAGGAGAGGCUGAUGUGUGCCCAGAGCAACCAGGACGGUCACUUCAAACGCUCUGGUAGGGCCCAGCGGCCCUCCUUCGACCCCUUCACAGCAGAGUUGAGGAACACCAUUGACUCCUACAUCCACACAGUGGACCAGGCCCUGAGGGACAGGAACUACAGCGGCCUACCGCACGACUACAUACCCAGGUGAUCCUCCUCAGCUGAUCCAAACUGGAGUCCAAAAGGACACGUCAACAAAUAAAGGGGAGGGGGGAAGGUGUCAUCUCUGCCACCACUCCAAAGUUAGUAGUCCAGUCUAGUCAUUAGCAUGGUUGGGUGAAAGGUUUUUACAUGUGUUGGAGAAUUCUGUCAGCUACAGAACAUUUUCAGAAGAGUGACUCAGAGGGAAAGUGACUGUAUGAACACACCAAUGGGUAAUUGUUUGACACACUUGACAUGUCCAACCCACUGUGAGUGGGUUAAACACCAGUGUAAACUGUCAGUGUCACUGGGAUGAAAACAUGGUUGAACAUUACAGCUCCUGCUGAAAGGUCUCAGGGCAAGAGCCAGACUCUCUCUAUUGGAAGAAAAGGGAAACAUCCCCCUUUUCACUGCAGGCGUUGGGAGUAUGGAGCAAGUGCCUGUCUGCAAAAACAAUUCAAACAAGCAUUGUGGGUUCUGAGGCUUUUAGCUUUAAAUGGAAUCUUUAGGUUAUUUCUUUUUGUUUGGGAUUUUUGUCAUGUUUAAUAUCAGUUUUACUGGUAGAGGGCAGUUAAACAGAAAAUGUGCCAUUCAACAAUGUCAAACGGAUCGUUGUAAUGGACUUAUGCCAAUUAAAUCUCCAUAUGUUUA